AUGGCCACCCCCAGUGUUCUCACCUUUGACGCUGAGGGUCGGGCUGUUGACUUUGAGGUCUGGGUAGAUGAUUUGCAGCUUUUCCUCCAGUGCGAUAGGGCAGACGGUCUCUCCCUCUUUGACCUCACUUCUGGUGCCUCUCCUGCCCCUGCUGCUGAUGCUGACGCAAAUGUUCGCUCACAGUGGGCCACGCGCAAUGCUGCUGCCCGCCUUGCUGUGCGCCGCCACUUACCGACCGCUGAGCGCGCGCAUUCUAGUCAGUACAAGAGUGCUCAGACCUUGUACGACGCUGUAGUUGCACGCUACUCUUCCCCUGCCACUGCUGCUCAUAGCCGCCUCAUACUGCCGUUCCUCUUCCCUGACCUCGCCGCUUUUCCCACAGUCGCUGACCUCAUUACACACCUUCGCACUAGUGACAUUCGCUACCGCGCUGCGCGUCCUGCUGAGUUCUGCGCCAAGAACCCCCCUCCUAUGUACAUCACCCUCUACUACAUAGUCACCCGGCUCCCUGACACCCUUCGCUCGGUCAGGGACCACUUCCUCUCUGUUUUCCCCACCACUCUCACCGUUGACCUCCUCGAGGAGCGCCUCCUAGCAGCAGAGAAGAGUAUAGUCGCUGUAGGAGCCUCUGGUGGUGACCCUCGUACCCCUAUCUUUGAGGGUCGGUCGGCGCGGCGUCUGCCCCUAGCAAGAGGGGGCGGUGGAGGCGGCGGUGGAGGCGGCGGAGGGGGUGGGGGUGGCGAUGGGAGUGGUGGCGGUGGUGGGGGCGCUAGUGGCGGCAGUGGAGGCGGAGGAGGCGGCGGUGGUGGCGGUGCGGGCGGAGGUGGCGGAGGUGGAGGCGGUGGUGGAGGUAGCGGCGGCGGAGGUGGAGCUGGUCGGGGCGGCGCUACGCAGAGGGUCGGCUCCGGUGGUGGUCAGCGCCAGCAGCAGCAGCAGCGCACUCGUGAGACCCCUUCCCCCCAGCAGCUUCGUGAGUGGUACACUGCUCGUCAGCGGGGUGGGGGUGCUGGCACCUGUACCUACGUUCUACGUACCGGCGAGCGCGCGGGUGAGCAGUGUGGGGGUCCGCACUCCACCCAGCGCUGCUUCGGCCGCGUGAUGGACGCUUGGCGUCAUCAGUUCCCUAACGCUACUGAGAUCCCUCGCUGGGGCGAGCUGUUUAGGGCGAGUGUUCCGAUAUUUGAUCUUAAAUAUGAUGCUAUUCUUGCUGCCAUGUAUGCUGUGACUAUUAGUGAUGAGGACCGCACCACGCUUACGCUGCUUAGUCAGCCAGUGGCAGUCUCCCUGGCAGACCCCUCUGGGGGUCCUGUCCUUGCCCACUUCUCCACUGUUCUACCGUGUCCGCCGGCCCCUUCUGGCACCCUGUCGGGUCUUUACCUCCCCUCGUUCUCUACUUCCUGCUGGUGGUUGACGACUACUCGCGUUACACCGCAGUCCUCCCCUUGCGCAGCAAGGACCUUCACGCUUCCGGACUCUCCGCAGCAAAAUGGGAUUGCAAAGCGCCGCAUUCGCAUGGUCAUGGACGUCGCUCGUACGUCCAUGGUCCAUGCGGCUGCCCCCCAUUUUCUGUGGCCGUUUGCGGUUCGGUACGCGGCGAAUCAGAUCAACCUUCAGCCCCGGGUCUCCAUGCCGGAGACCUCCCCUGCUUUGCUGUGGACGGGGAAGGUUGGCGAUGCGUCUGCGUUCCGCGUCUGGGGAUCUCGGGCGUUUGUCCGCGACUUGUCUGCGGACAAGCUGUCCCCUCGUGCUGUUCCCUGCGUCUUCCUUGGCUUCCCCCCUGACGCGCCGGGCUGGCAGUUCUACCACCCCACCUCGCGCCGUGUUCUGUCCUCCCAGGACGUCACGAUUGACGAGUCGCUUCCCUACUACCGUCUCUUCCCCUACCGCACUGCGUCCCUCCCCCCCCCGCCGCUCUUCCUUACACCAGGUCCCGCUCCGAUAGACCCCCUCCCCCCUCAGGGUCCUGCCCCCUCAGGUGUGUCUCAGGUCGACGCAGUGGACCCUGUCGAGGUAGCUGUUGACUCUGGUGCUGCUAGGGGUGCUGAGCCUGCGGGUGCUGGGUCUGGGGGUGCUGACUCUGGGGGUGCUGAGCCUGGGGGUGCUGACUCUAGGGGUGCUGCGUCUGGGGGUGCUGAGCCUGGGGGUGCUGCGUCAGGGGGCGCUGAGCCUGGGGGUGCUGCGUCUGGGGGUGCGGAGUCUGAGGGUACUGGACCUGCUCGUGUGACGUCUGGCGGUGCUGGGCCUGGAGGUUCUUCGGGUGCUUCGUCCCGGCGGGAGCUACUCUCUCCACAGGAGCUGCGUGAGUGGUUUGCCCGGCGCUGGAGGCAAGCUACUCGAGUUGGAGGUGCUGCGGGUGCUGGAGGUUCAGCUGCUGCUAAGGGUGCUGGUGCCGCGGGUCCCGGAGGUGCUCGUACUGGGAGUACUGGAGCUGCUGGGCCUGCGGGUGCUUCUCGUACUGGAGCUGGUGGUGCUGCGGGCGUCGGUGCUACUGAGGGUGCUGGAGCUGGACUUGCUGCGUCUUCUGGUGGUCUGGCUGGAGCUGGAACUGCUGGGGGUGUUGGCGCUGAGGGCGCCUCUGGUGCUGGUGCCUCUGAGGGUACUGGAGUUGGCGCUACUGGAGCUGGGGGUGCUGCUGGCGCUGGUGCUGUCGUUCGGGGUGCUGGUGCUGUCCCUUCUGGUGCUGGUGGUGCUGAGCGGCCGCGGCCGUACUUCGUUCCGCUCCUUGAGCAGGUUCUUGGUCUUCCGCCCUCUGCUAGUCCGGCUCCUCCCUUAGAGUGUCCACCGCCUGUCCCGUCCGAGUCACAGUUACAGCCUACCUCUCCUCUGCGUGCUCCUUCUCCCUACACUGGUCCUACUGGAGAACUUGCUGAGCGUCGUGAGCCUGCGUCUCGUCCUGCGUCGCCUGUCCGUGCUGCUCGCACUAGUAGUCGUGGUUCGCGUCAGCGUCCUCACCCUGUCCCCGGUACGCACCGGAUGUCUCUGCGUCCCUCCACUGCUCCGCUGCGUGCCCCUUUGCCUUCUCCUCCUGAGUCCUCUCUUCCUGUUCUUGCCGACCCGGAGUCGGACUCCCUUCGUACUGCAAGUCCUACUGUCACGCGUCUCCUUGCUACUGUCGUCACUGACCCUUCGUUUGAGUCCGCUGCUGCGUCUGCCUUAGUUUCUGAGCUUGUCGACUUCGCUGCUCAAUGUCGCCUAGACUACGCUGCUAGUCUUGUCGCUGAGUCUGAGUCUGUCUGUCCUCCGUCCGUCGCGGGUGAGUGUGCCCUUGGCACGGACGUCCUUGAGGACAGGCAGGAGGAGUUGCAGUGCUUUGCUGCUGCUUCACAUCAUCUCGUGUCCAUGCUGCUUGCCCCUGAGGGAGACCCGGAUGCACCAGACAUCCCGACUCCGUGCUCUUACGCGGAGGCGAUAGAGGGUCCCUACUCCUCUCAGUGGCAGGCAGCCAUGGAUGCAAAGAUGGCUUCCUGGAAGUCCACAGGCACCUACGUCGACGAGGUUCCCCCUCCCGGGGCGAACAUCGUCAGUGGCAUGUGGAUUUUCAGGGUGAAGCGGCCGCCGGGUUCUCCGCCUGUCUUCAAGGCGCGCUACGUGGCUCGUGGCUUCAGUCAGCGGCAGGGAGUUGACUACUUUUAG